CUCUGUCUCUUAAGAACUCGUCCACAGUUUAACAAGUGCAACUGGACCGUGGCUAUGCAAUAAAACGUCAUCCUGGUUGUGUUGAUAAACUUCCGAAGAUGAAUGUCAGAGAAGGAAGACUCGAGACGGAACUACAAAAUGGAUGUUUGUUUUUGAGCAUUGUUCAUACAAGGAUAUUCCGAGCAGUUACAUUUAAGCUUCGUUAUAUCUGUCUAAUAAUAAUAAUCAUCAUAAUAUUUUCCUGCUGCUUCAUGAUAUACAUCCACGAGCACAAUGGCUUAUGAAAAUGUAAGUCAAGACGGAGAAUUUAGGCAGGCAGAAUAGAUGCGGUACAUCACAUCAAAACCAAUGAAGACAGAGACAAACUGGGCUGAGAUAUGUGGAACGGGGUGAUGACAACCUUUGGACAGAAUCCUGGACAUGUCAUGAAGCAGUCGGCUCAAGUUCUUCUGGUGAUGCUGCUGGUCUGGAUGUUGCUCUUCUUUGCUAUCUUCACCUACUUUUCAGACUCUCAGGAUAACCAGUCAGUCAGUCAGCAUAGUUCCAGAGACAUCAAAGAAUUAAGCAAAACCAGAGUGCUUCGGUUCGCGGAGAGGAGGGGUUCUUUCCAGAGCAGACAAGUAUUUCCAGUUCCUGUCAAGCUGGAUGAGUGGCUAUAUUUCAGAAAUAAAGGAAUUACGAAAGGCAAGAUAAGGACUAAAACUGACAAUUCUUUGUCGCUAAUCCAAGGUCUGUGGAAUGGACAGGUGUCAUCCAAUAUGUUAAGUCAACGACUACAAGAAGCCAUGAAAGAUAACGUUCGUCGCAAUAAGCACAGAGUUCUCUACAAAGGCCAACGUAACACAAACAGGGGCAAGGAGGAGUUACUGUGUCAGUUAAAACAGCAAGCACAGAUCAAGAUUUUGGAUGGCUCUGAACAGCCAUUUACUCGCCUAGGCUUUCAAAAGCUGGUUCCAACCCAACCCCUGGAGAAGGUGUACAGGACAUGUGCUGUCGUAAUGUCAGCGGCCUCAAUCCUUAACUCAUCUUUAGGACAAGAAAUUGAUUCCCAUGAUGGAGUGUUGCGUUUUAACUCUGCACCCUGUGAAGGCUAUGAAAGAGAUGUGGGCAACAAAACAACCAUUCGCAUCAUGAACUCUCAGAUUCUUGCAAACCCCGUGCACAAAUUCAACAACAGUUCUAAAUACAAGAACAUGACUCUGGUAGCCUGGGAUCCUGCUCCUUAUAAAUUUGACUUGCAAAAGUGGUACCAGAAUCCAGAUUUUGAACUCUUUAAACCAUACAUUAAUCACAGAAAGAGCUUUCCAGAGCAGCUAUUUUACAUCCUGCAUCCUUCCUUUAUUUGGAAUCUCUGGGAUUUUGUACAAAGCAACACAAAGGAGAACAUUCAGCCCAACCCUCCUUCUUCUGGAUUUAUUGGUAUUGCUGUGAUGAUGAAUCUGUGUGAACAAGUCGAUGUGUACGAGUACAUCCCCUCUAUGAGACAAACCAAUCGGUGCCAUUAUCAUGAGACCAUCAUCGAUUCGGCCUGCACCUUUGGAGCAUACCACCCUCUGGUUUACGAGAAACUGCUCACCAAGCGCAUGAGCACGGCUUCUGAACACGACCUCAGGGAAAAGGGAAAGGUCACGCUGAAAGGUUUCUCUGAGAUCACCUGUCCAACGUGAUUUACACGAUCCUAUGCAAUUGUUUAAAAUACAGUAUGGAUAGUUCCAAAACGGAAUACUUUAUUCAGAAUAUUAAGGCUUUAUUCGGAGUGUUGUUUAAUAAUGGCUUUAAACAAAUAACAAAUUCUACCAAAUAUAUUUGGCAGACACGGUCACUCCUUGCGUUGAGAGAGAUGAGAAGGGAAGCCCUGAUGAGAAGGGACCUUGCAGGAUCCUUUACAUUUCCAUAUGGUUUUAAGCUAUUACGAAUCAGCAAUAAUGACUGUUGACUGUCCUCAAACUGUGCCGAACGUGUGUGAGUGUGUCCUCCAGGUAAGUUCAUGAGAAAGGUGUUAUCUGAUUUGUAUAUGAUUCAUUUGAAUCAUUCUCAAUGACUGUGUUUACAUGCACCCUCACAAUGCAAUUAUAAUGAGAUUUUGGCAAUAUUGUGAUUACCCUUCGUCUCAUGUAAACACAAUACUUUGGUCGAAAUAGUGCAAUUUACAUGAAAGUUUUUAUUGUUGUUUAUAUUUCUAUGUGAUGUUUUAACAUGCUUUAAGACAAACCAUGUACACAUUCAUCAUUCAACACCACUGAUGAAUAUUUUAUCCAUAAUAUUUGAGUUUUCCAAAGACUUUUCGUUCCCGCGGAUUGAAAUCGCCUUGGUGUGUUAUGUCACACACACGUAACCAAUCACAUCAUCACAUUUGAACGCACAUGUGCUGAACUCAUGUGAAGUGUGUAAUAGUGUAACCUGCUUACAUUGGUGCUUAAAACAGUUAGUGCUGCAAAGGCGCAGUUCACGUAUGCAAUGUGAAACCAGACUUGGCAGUUAUGUGUUCGAAAACUACCAAAAUUAGCAUUUAUUUAUGUGUACAAAAGGAUGGAGGUGGGGACUAAUUUGCAUAUUCAUAUCUAUGGUCCAAACUGUGCCAUUGAGUAGAGCCAGAGACUAAUUUGCAUAUUCAUAGGAAAUUACAUUCAAGCAGCAUGUGGAAAUUACUGUCACAGGAAAAACUUUUACAUAUCCUAUUAUGAUGCCCAGAGAUAAGUUUUAAGUAAUAAAAUCAACUACAGGAAGACCUUAAAAUGUGGCGUAUGCCCUUUUUAAUCUCAAAACAUGCUAUAUAAGUAGCUAUAUAAACACUUGAAUCGCAUCUAUAGUGCUAUACUAACUGAAAUGAGCACGUGAUUUAGUUUUUUUGUCAUGCACCUGCGAAUUCAUAAUAAACUUGAGAUUAUUAAGUUUUCCCUGAACUCUGUCAACACGACUCGCUGCCAACAUACUUGCCUUCAUCCAGAAACAGCGCGACAGCAGUGUAUAAAACCGUUACAGGCAUUGUCAUAAUAUUUCUGUCUUUAUCACGACUGUCUUAAAUUCGUCCAUAGGAACGUGUGUCAUUUAACUUAAAUAAAUGAAAACAGGGGCCAGUAACACACCUAUAGACGGUUUCAGCAGUAAAAACAUAAACAAGCGGCUGUCGUGGUCCGCACGUAACUUCCGGUAAACUCCAAUAAGAAUAUAAAACAACAAAAUUCUUUAAACGUAGUUUAUUUAUAUAACAAGCAAAAAAACAACACAUAGAUUACCUAGGAAACCAAAACAUUUGUUAUUUUCAACGAGGCUUUUGUUCAAGA